CUACUUCGCUCGUAAAAAAAAGCCGCAAUCAAACAGAGGGCUAAACUGUGGAGCGACUGUUUGGCUGCCAGGUUCCGAUCUAAAUUGGAUCGCUUGUUAAGCCGGGCUGGCUAAAUCUGCUUGCUACGGUCAGGUUUUCCUUGCUAAACUGUAAUCAAAGGCACAUCCUGUUUGCUGUUGCUAGCGUGUUAGCUAACAAUUUCAAUGUGUCCACGUUAGCAGUAACUUAAGCUGUGUAUACUGUCCCAUAAUGUUCAGGACAUAGCUCCAACUUAAAGGGCAAUGCGACUUACUGCUAUCUAUAUGGAUGUCAUAAUUCUCCUUGGAAGUGAAAGGGAACAUAUAGAGAACAUUUUGCACCUGCUCUGUCGUUCAGCUGUCAAGCUUUAUCUCUAAGUUAUAGACAAACUGAGUCAGGAUCUGCUUAAAGAUUAUCUGAGUGUGUGGGAGCAUCAUGUGGAGGAAGGCUUCGGCAGCGGUCCUGCUGGCAAUAGCUGUUGGCUACUUCUACAACAGCAGACCGGACCUGCCGGAGCAGAUCCUGCAGUACAUCGGCCUGCCAAGCUUCCAGACACCAUCUCAGAGCCAGAACAGCCUGGAGCAGACAAUCUCUGCCGCCUGGGAGGCUCUAAUAACUUUACCAGCCCGACAGUGGAGCAAAGUGGCAGUAGGGGUGAAUGCCUGCGUUGACGUGGUUGUGACCGGUGUCGGACUGCUGCAGGCUCUCGCUGUGGAUCCGGGCAUUGGUCUAGAUCAUGAGGUGCUGCACUCCAAGGAGGACUUAAAGGAAGCCUUCAUUCAUUUCAUGGAGCGUGGAGCGGCUGCCGAGCGUUUCUUCAGCGACAAAGAGGCCUUUCAGAGAAUCGCUCGUGCAGCAGCAGAGUACCCUGGUGCAAAGCUGUAUGUGGGAGGGAAUGCUGCCCUCAUUGGGCAAAAGCUUGCGACCUACCCUGAUUUGAUGGUUUUGUUAUGUGGACCAGUUGGUCCUAAACUUCAUGAGAUGCUGGAUGAGCAGAUAGUAGUUCCCCCAGAAUCUCUCCAAGAAACAGAUGAAUUUCAUCUGAUUCUGGAGUAUAAAGCAGGUGAACGCUGGGGCUCAACGCAGGCACCCCAAGCAAACCGCUUCAUCUUCUCUCAUGACGUGUCCAACGGGGAGAUGAGCUCACUGGAGACUUUUGUGGCGAGUCUGGAGGAGUUCCAGCCUGACCUGGUCGUUCUGUCGGGGCUCCACAUGAUGGAGGGUCAGGGCAGAGAGCUGUGGGAGGAGCGACUGAAAGAGGCUGUGGCAGCCAUAGCCGACAUUCCAAAAGACAUCCCUAUCCAUCUGGAGUUGGCAAGCAUGACUGACAAAGACUUCAUGAACAGCAUCAUGCAGGAGCAGGUCAUGCCCAUUGUCAGCUCCAUCGGGCUGAACGAGCAGGAGCUGCUUUUCCUUUCCCAGGCUGGAGAGGGGCCUCAUGCAACUCUUUCUGCCUGGAAAGGCAUCCCAGACGUGGGUCGGGUCACCGACAUCCUCCUUUGGAUCCUGGAGCAUCAUGGCCGUAGCAACCCGUCCUCGGAGUCUGAUCUUACACGCAUUCACUUCCACACGCUGGCCUACCACAUCCUGGCUACAGUGGAUGGAUAUUGGGGGAACCAAGCAGCAGCAGUGAUGGCUGGAGCGCGGGUGGCCAGCAGCCAGGCCUGUGGCCUCCAGACUGUCGACAUUGGCAAAGUGGAGCUGAAGGCCCCACUGGAGUUUCAAAGCUCUCACACUGAUCAGCAAGAGCAGCUGUCCCUGAACCCAACAGAGCCUGUUACUGUGUGGCAUCGUGGAAACGUCACGUUCCACCUCACGCCAGUGCUGGUCUGCAAACGGCCUCUUCGGACAGUAGGACUCGGAGAUGCCAUCUCAGCAGAGGGAUUAGUUUAUACAGAGUUAAAGACGCAGCAGCCCUUUUGAGGCUCGCUUCAUUAAACACUCCAUUUUUCUGACACUGAAAAUAUCCAGAAACUUCUCACCACGGUAGUGGUUACUGUACUGCAGUCCUGGUUUCUAAUCAGGUUUAGACCUUAUGUUCUGAUUUAAGUUUCCUCUUUCUAAAGCUCUGCAGAGUUAAAGUGAUCAGUGGGGAUAGUUUUUUUUUAAAAUCCUGCCUGACGACCCCUUCGGCCUGCUCAGCCUUCUCUGUUCAGGCACAAACACUGAGGCAGAACUGGAUCUCACUGAGCUGCCAAGAGGUCUGACUCUAUGCACUGGACCCAGCUAAGAGCCACCUUCAAAAACUUGAAGGAGUUUUGUUGUCUCAACACAAUUACUUUGACCUGCAUAUUCUCGAUAUGCUGUGCCUUGAUAAGAACAAAAAAUAUGAAAUAUUUUCUUUAUAUUUCUAAGCCAAACAAGCUUCCUAUCAGUCACCAUCUGACAUGUGUACAGUGAAAGUGGAAACUAUGUGUUAGAGUUUAAGUGAUAAUCUUGACUAUCUUUUUUUAUUGGUGCAUUAAUUUCAGUUGACCACUAGACCGUGUAAACGUUUUUCGGUCUCUGGAUAUCAAACAGUUUUCUGUUUGACUUAUUUACAUGAUAAACUUGAUUUUUCUUACUUGUUGUGAGAGGAUGAAUAUUGUAACAGCUUCUAAGUUUCUCAGUGUUUGACCAAAACACUCCCAUUGUCAUAUUUUUAGCUUAAAGACUCCAGAGUAAAUGGUAAAAUCUUACACUUAAAAAUUGCUAUUACAGAUCUAAUAAUGUUUUUCAUUUAUGCAGUUAAUACCAGUUUAUAAUCAGAUGCCAGCCUAUAACCGUGCUGGUUAGAGGUAAAUGUUCUAUGUGUUGUUGGUCUUAUGCUAUUAGAAAGUCUAAGCUGAGACUCCAUUAUGUUACAUGAUUCCUUAUCGUAAAAAGCUGGUCAGUGUAAUAGACAGCAUAAAAAAAGCAUAUGUGUGUAUUAUGCUUCUUUCUGGGAGAAGAAAUUGUAGACCUCUUUAAUACACCGGCAUCAUGUUAGAAGUAUAGUAUCUCUCCGAACAAUGUGUUUGUAUACCUCAAAUGGCCACUAAAGGCAUGCAAUAAUAAUAGUCUUAAUGCAAACAUACUAAAAAGUCAUUUACUGCAUUUGAUUUCAGCAGGUUUUUUUUUUUUUUGCACUAGCAGAAGUGACAAAUAUGGCUGCAAAGGUGAAUGUAACUCCUCUCCCCCAACCCUCAUUUAUUUUUGGCAAGUACAAUCUGUUUGACUUUACUCAUUUUAAUAGUCUCUCUCAUGUUUUUAAUAUGUUUUAAUAUUUUUUUCUUUCAAUGGUAGUUUGCUAUUAAAUUUGUGUAUGGAUGGGUAUGUUUGGUGUGACUUAUGCACAAUAUUUUGUUAGUCAAGUGUUGAUUAAAGACAAAUUCACUUGUCAUUAAAA